AUGUUUUCCACGGCUCUUCGUACUUUUGGGGCAGUUGUUACUAGAAAUGCUACUCGACAAAUUCCUCGAGUACCAGCUGUUCGAGCCUUUUCUGUUAUAGGACCUUGCUUUGGUGAUGUUGGCCCUAAUUUUUUCGGUUCUGGUGCAAAACCCGGCACGGUACCAACUGAUGCUGAACAGGCUACCGGUCUUGAACGUCUUGAAUUGCUUGCUGCUCUAGAAGGCAAAGAAUUGUUCGAAAUGAAGCCUUUGAGCAUAACAAAAUAUGGUACAAAAAAGGAUCCCAUCAUGGUUAAAAGUGUUGAUCCUAUCCGUUAUGUGGGCUGGUUUCCUGUUGAUUCUCAUGAACUUUUAUGGAUUACUGUGGAUAAGAGUCAUGAAUUUGAUCGAUGCCCAGAAUGUGGUCAAGUUUUCAAAAUUAAUUUUGUUGGUACUGAAAGUCAUGGUCACGGACAUGAUCCUAGGCAAGGAUCGCAAGUAGGAGAAACACAAAGAGAAACAUCAGUAGAAGCAACAGGAGGAAGAGCAGUAGACCUCCCUCCUAAUCAUCCUCUUAAAUCAUGGCAUGCCAUCAAAUAUCUAAUUCCUCCGCAUACUUAUCUACGAGCUAAGGAAGACUUUGAUGUGCUUUUGAAUUUUAAUUUUAAGUUCGACCCUCCUAAAGGAGUUGAAAGUUGGAUAGACAACAUUUGGGAUAAUGAUAUUGAAGGAAUAACACGACCAGAUUUAAGGGGAGUUGACGAAUACUUUUUUAAAAUAAU